GAAGAAGAAGAAGAAGCAGAAGAAGAAGCGUCUCUAGUUCAAUAUGGCGCGGGAAACGGAGUCAGAUAUGAAAACUGUCGGGGCAGACGAGGAAGAAAGUGACCGCUUCUCUUCUUCGGCACUAAAACUCUACGAAACGCAGUUUUUCAACUUCACCCCUCAGACCUGCAUGGUUCGGAUAUACAGCUCCUUCCAUGAAAGCCUGUGCGACAUUUUAGCCUUGGUGGAGAAGGUGUGUGUCAGGGAGCUGGGGAAGAGCGGGACGGAUGUGCCCGAGGAGCUGCUCCGGUCCCGGGCCAGAGAGUGCACCCGCCAGCUGCAGCAGUUCCUGGAGAAACGCUUCAAGCAGCUGUCGGAGCGGAUGGAGGCGCUGCUAAUGAGCCGAUGUUUCACCAUACCACCGAAUGUCCUGCUGCCCGAGGACCAACCCCAUGAGAAAUACCCCCAGGAUGUACAGGAAGUGCUGAAGCUCGAGUCGUCCCUGGAAGACCUCCACAGAGCCUACGAGGCAGAGGUUUGUGCCAGACAAGCUCUGCUGGCCGAGCUGGAAGAGCAGAGGCAGGUGCAGCAGCAGCUGGAUGACAUCCUGGCCUGGGUCAGAGAGACACAGGCAGCCUGGGCGAAGGAAGGGAACGGAAACUUCCAGGAAAGCUUCCGCCUCGUCAUGCAGUCCGUAAAGAAACUGCAGAAGGCCAUCAAUGAGGUUCUGGUCCACAGCAAAAACACUGAGCUGAGAGCUGAGGUGCAAUGUAAAUAAUAAAAUGUCGAGGGGAUGUUUUUAAUGUUUAGAGAGUUAUACAUGUACACAAUAAAAUGACAGAAGCAGAAGCUCACUGAUUUCUGAGUCAAUUUUUUUUAACAAGAAAUGCCAUUGUUCUCCAGUAGGGGGCGCUGUGUCCAUGUAUUACUCAGCUUGGAGGAAUGCAUCUGUGUAAAAUAAAUGAACUUUCCCAGUUGACCCAGAAUGUUGCAGAAUAGUCAAUAUGUUGUAAUUACUUGGAUUUUGUAGUUAAAUAAAUGAAAUGACUGUCAGAAACUGGA